GUCAAAUAGAUUUUAACCACGAAUAGAAAUGUACAUAUUAAAUAAAACAACUAUAUUCUGGGCUUACUUGAAUUGUUGAAGCCCCUUUCGUCUUCGGUCUAGCAUGAAUGCUCCAGGGGCAAUCAGGCCCUUUACAAUACCCUCUAAAUCUAGUCUUAUUGGUUGCCUCAAUUCCAAGCUCAAAUUCUUUAUUUAUGGCGUAUUGUCUAAUUGCGAGUCUGAAGUGGUGCAUUGUUGCAUACAAGCUGUCAGGCUCCAUUACUGGAUUGUUCAUAUCAUAUAUGCUCCUUGUCUCAUCAAGCACUAAAUCAGAACAUGGAAUGCCUGCUCUCAAUUCAUCUUCACAUGGAAUGCUAUUUCCAAAACGGGAAGCACUUGAAUCAUCUUCCCUUCCAUCAUCUUGAUUAUCUAGUCCAAGCUGCAAAUAGAGUCCUUGUUCACUACUAACAUCAUUUCUUCCUUCUUCGUUGUUGGUUUCUUCUACCAUUAUUGAAUCCCAAUCGAUAUCAUGCAUUCCAUGGCCACUCCCCUAUUCACCAAAAUAGUUGUAAUAUCAUAUAUAACUACUAAAUUGCAUACAAUAAAUUCGAACCACUAACCACUGUAGUCUGUGUGCCAAUACAAGUCAAUGCCCACUCUUGUUCUUCGACAAUGCAUGCAGUCGUUUCGUCCAUGGGGGAACUGCCUCAUCGUUCGUAGUAUUAUUCAUACUAAACUGCACAAACAAAAAGCUAAAUGGGGGCUCGGCUCUAGGCAGUUUAGUGUGGAAGAAGAUACGGGAUCUCACCAGAGUCGGCGGCGUGGGAACCGCGCGGGAAUGGCCCUCGGCGCAGAAUCCGACCUCGGCGGUAGUUGUUCACCAAGGAAGGGCGAGAUCCGGUGAAGGGCAGGGCAGGAACCGCAGUGCGCGACGAACAGAGCCGAGGGAGACAAGAGAGAUGAGGAAGACGACGGCCAGGGAAGGGAGAAUGGACGACGCUCGAAGACGGCGGCCAGGGAAGUAACGAAGCGAACGGAACGAGGGCACGACGGGCACACGAAAAAGGCUAAUGACUAUCAAUGAGAAUUUUGCAAACAUGGCACCGCCUACGGCGGGCUUCAGACUUUUGGCACCGCGAUCGUGGCAAUUGAAAUCGUGGCAUUAUAAUCCUUCACGUUUUGAAGAUUUAGCAUCGGGGUCGCUUAAUGGUAAUUAGCAUUUCUGCUCUUCCCGUCGUGCCCUCGCGUCGUUACUUCCCUGGGCGCCGUCAUCCUCUUUGUUCUCUAUUCCAUUCCCUGGCCGUCGUCUUCCUCCCUCUUCCUUCCCUGGUCGUCGCCUUCCUCCCUCGGCUCUGUUCGGCGCCGGCUCGCAAUGCGGAGCGAGGCCUGCCCGGCCAUUCCCGGAUCUGUGCCCAGCGGCGUUCGUUCACCGGAUCCAGCGCGCCCAGCUCUGGUAAGUGACCCUCUGCAGUUCCCUAGCCGCCCAGCUUAGCCGACUGUGGUAGCAUAUUGUUUGCGCCGCCCCUGCCAUUCACCGGAUUUAGCACCCAUUUAGCAUUGUCUGUGCAGUGUACUAGAGCCGAGCACCCAUUUAGCAUCCAUUGUUUGUGCAGUGUACUAUGAAUAAUACUAUGAACGACGAGACAGUUCCCCCCAUGGAUGAAACGACUGCAUGCAUUGUCGAAGAACAAGAGUGGGCAUUGACUUGUAUUGGCACACAACAUACAGUGAUUAGUGGUUUGAAUUUAUUGUAUGCAAUUUAGUAGUUAUAUAUUAUAUUACAACUAUUUUUGGUGAAUAGGGGAGUGGCCAUGGAAUGCAUGAUAUCGAUUGGGAUUCAAUAAUGGUAGAAGAAACCAACAACGAAGAAGGAAGAAAUGAUGUUACUAGUGAACAAGGACUAUAUUUUCAGCUUGGACUAGAUAAUCAAGAUGAUGGAAGGGAAGAUGAUUCAAGUGCUUCCCGAUUUGGAAAUAGCAUUUGAUGUGAAGAUGAAUUGGGAGCAGGCAUUCCGUGUUCUGAUUCAGUGCUUGAUGAAAAUAGGACAAUAUAUGAUAUGAACAAUCCAGUAAUGGAGCCUGGCAGCUUAUAUGCAACAAUGCAUCACUUCAGACUCGCAAUUAGACAAUACGCCAUAAAUAAAGAAUUUGAGCUUGGAAUUGAGGCAACCACUAAGACUAGAUUUAGAGGGUAUUGUAAAGGGCCUGAUUGCCCUUGGAGCAUUCAUGCUAAACCGGAGAGGAAAGGGGCUCCAACAAUUCAAGCUGAGAAUAUAGUUGUUUGUACUUAAUAUGUACCUUUCUAUUCGUGGUUAUAUGCUAUAUGACACUUUAACUAAUUUUCAGGUAAUUGUCUUGAAUGACAAACAUACUUGUACGUCGAGUGGUAGACGUAAGACGACUACACCUACGGGAGCUUGGGUUGCGGCACGUGCGCUUCCUUUACUAAUGAAGAAGCCUCAUAUGGGUGCUAAGGAGCUACAAACUACAUUGCAGGACACUUUUGGUUGUACAAUUGCAUAUGACAUAGUUUGGCAUGGGAAAGAGAAAGUUUUGAAGGAAUUAUUUGGAAGUUAGGAAGAGAGCUUUCAGCUACUAUGGCGUUGGAGAGAAGCAGUUAUGCAAAAGUCACCGGAUAGUGUCAUCGAGCUUGAUGUAAAAAUAGAUGAGGGCCGUCCUUUCUUCAGUCGAUUUUUUUGUGCGCUCAGUCCAUGCAUUUCUGGUUUCAAGGGUGUGUGCCGACCAUUCCUAAGUGUUGACUCCACAGCUCCGAAUGGAAGGUGGAAUGGUCACCUUUGUUGUGCAACAGGUGUCGAUGGGCACAAUUGGAUGUAUCUAGUAGCAUAUGGAUUUUUUGAGGCAGAAAAUACUGAAAACUGGACAUGGUUCUUUCAUCAGUUGCACAAGGUUGUGGGGGAUCUGCCUUUGUUAGCAUUGUGUUCAGAUGCUUGCAAAGGUCUUAACAAUGCUAUGAACAAUGUCUUCCCGUAUGCCGAGAAAUGGGAGUGUUUCAGGCAUCUCAUACAAAACUACAUAAAGCAGUUUGGUGGGUCUGAGUACAUGUAUCCAGCUGCUAGAGCUUAUAGGAGAGAAGUCUUCGACCACUUUUUUAGCAGCAUCCAAGAAAUCCCUAGGGUAAGUAGUUGGCUAAAUGAGCAUCAUGACUGUCUUUGGUACCGAAGUGGCUUCAAUACGGACAUCAAGUGCGAUUACGUGACUAACAACAUUGCUGAGGUUUUCAACAAUUGGAUUAAGGAUUGGAAGGAUCUGCCUGUAUGUGAUUUGGCUGACAGGAUAAGGGAGGAAAUUAUGGAGAUGUUUCACAGGAGGAGGAUUGCACAAAAGUUGCAAGGAAGGAUUUUACCGUUGGUUCUACAUAUCCUACACGCCAGAACAAGAUGUUUAGGUCAUUUAUCAGUACGUAAAGCUGACAACUACAUUGCAGAGGUAAGGGACAACAAUGAUGUGCAUUCGAAGCACAUUGUCAAUGCUCAGCUGCGGGAAUGUUCUUGCAAAGAGUGGCAGCACACGGGCAAACCAUGUAUCCAUGCUUUGUGCUUGAUAACAGCUCAAGAAUUUAGGGAUGUCAGGAUGGAGGAUUUUGUCGAUGACUACUACUCUGUAGCUCAUUUCACCACAACAUACUCAAGGGUGGUUCCACCUGUCGGUGACAAAUCAUUUUGGCCAGAAGUUCCUUUCCCAAAAGAAGUGGGUGCUCCAAUUGGAAAACGCGCUGUGGGUCGACAGAGGAAAAAUAGGAUAAAAGGAUGCCUUGAGGGAGGUAGUGGAAAAAAGAAAGUUAACAAUGACAAUGGUAAGAAAAGCAUUCGGGACAAGUUCAAGUGUCCAAACUGUGGUGAACUAGGGCACAGGAAAGCAAGCUACGAAUGUCCAUUAAAUGGCACAAAGAAAAGGAAGCGAAAGCCUAGGAAAAAUUCAACUAAAGGCUGGUUCCCCAAAGAUGUACCUGAGUCAUCACAGCCAGUUGACCACGAGAAUGAAGACGUGGUUGCAAUGAUACCAGCUAUUGAAGAUGUUGUUGAAAGACCUUCUUCGCCACCAGAAGAACGUGUAGUUCGAGUCCUAGUUAAAAAGAUCACACCUAGGAAGAAGAAUGUUUGAGUACUAUGGUGAACUUGUUUGUUCUUAUGGUAGUAUGGUGUGUGUAUGGAACUAUGGCAUUUGUGUGACAUUUGUAUGUAACUUUGGCAUCUGUAUGACAUUUGUAUGCACCUAUGGCAUUUGUAUGGUACUUGUAUGACACUAUGGCAUUUGUA